AUGCCUCGCCGACGCCGGUUCAUAGACGAGGAGUCCGAGUCCGAGUCCGAGUUCUCAGAGACAGAUGUCUCCUUUACCCGUCCUGGGGGUCGUACAACCGUCAAACGUCGGUCAUUCUCUCGCGUCCGUCGCGAUAGUCCCAACUCUAAUGCAUUUUUGACUCCCGCCAUCAUCGCUGGUCCCCCACGCCGUUCUGCCUCUACGGGAGGUCGACGCCGCCGAGGAGACGAUCCGAUUGUGGUGGUUGAUGUUCAUAACGAUGUCCAUGCCAAACAAGACUCGCGAGACCAUCGUCGCAACAACAUCGACCAGCGUCUCGCACAACGUGAGGAUGACAUUGAAGAAAUCGACAUUAUCCGCAGUCACCGUCGUCCCAGAAUCGUCGCAGACAUCCCCGCAUCUCGCACCCCAUCACCCCGCCAGCAACAGCGCGACUGGGAACUACUCAUGGACCAGCGCAUCCUCGCCAACAACGACGUUCGCCAGGACAGGGAGCUUGCUAAGCAACAACAGGAAAUCGAAAAUUUGGAGCGCCAACUGGCCAAGAGCAGAGAGAAACGUCGCGAUGAACAUCGUGGUUCCGUUUCACGUCGCCGUCUUGCCGAAGAGGAGGCCUGGGAGGACGAACUUGCCCAGCGAUUACGCAAACUUGACGUGCUGGAGCAGUCAAAGCGCACCGAAGAGGAACAAAAGCUUGCUGAUUAUCGUUCCAAGGUCAAGCGACUGGAAGAGAUUGAGCGAGAACAACGCAUCGCUGAAGAUCAAAAGAUGGCCGAUUACCGUGCUAAAGUCAAGCGGCUCGAAGAAGCAGAACAUAAGGCGGCUGAGGAAGAAGAGGCUAGACGUCUGGCUAAGAUCAAACGACUAGAAGACAUGGAGCGCAAGGCUGCGGAAGAAGAAGAGGCUAAACGCAUCGCCCAAGAGAAACACUUGAAGGAGGUUGAGAAGCGAGAGAAGAUCAAGGCCGAGAGGGACAGAAUCAUCAAGGAAAUCAAAGAUGAAGAAGCCCGCAAAGCUUUGGAAGAAGAGGAACACAGAAAGGAGAUGGCUGAGCUCAAGAGAAAGGCCAUUGAAGAAUGGAAACAGGCCGAGGAAGCUAAGAAAAUGAAGGAAAUUGAGGAGCAGAAAGCCAGGGACAAGGAGUUCAGGGAACGACUGAGGCUCGAGUUUGGGUAUAGCGAGGAGGAGAUUGAAAAGAUGCUCAAGAAGAAGCAUGAGCAGGAAGAGAAAAAGGAGGAGAAGCACGAGCACCACCACCACGGCGGCGGCGGUGGCGGCGGUGGCGCCAUUGUUGUUUUGGAACCUCCACGAGAAAAGACGACAUUCAUUCGGGUUCACCGCAAGUACUUGCUUCCUGCAACAUUGGAUGCCUUCAAACUUCCAUGGGACUGGGAUGAUCGCGAUGGAAACUAUAUCAUAAUCAAACAAUGGAUCUCUGAAGACUUCCAAGAGGAACUGUUUGCGCACACUCGUCGUCUCCGCGGCGGCAAGCUCAUCGAGGAAACGUCCACAACCCUCACCGAACUGAAAGUCAACGACCGCAAGCGAGACAAGAUGUACCUUGUUCGGAAGAAGAAUCCCGGCAAGUCGUGGAUUUUCACUUGA